CGAACCCUCCGAGUGAAGAUAUGAUAACGUAAACCUGUCAAGUGUACGAAGAUACAUGAGAAGGGGAUUCACGAAAUGAAUGUAAAAGGUCUCUGAAAGAAAGAAAGAAGAACGAACGAAAAAACUGAAGAUAACGCGCAGACUUUUUGACUUCGUGGCUUUUGAAAAACAUGUUGACAACGAUGUCUACCGUCGCGUUCGAAUUGAAUUCGUCUUAUUACACGACGGCGAUAGGCAACAGCGCGCUCGAUGGAUUCUCAGUAAUCGAGCCGGAGAACGCUACUUCCGCGCUGUACAUACUGCCUGCCUACAUCCGAACAACUUCGAUGGUAGCCUGCAUUAUUGUUAUGAUUCUCGGCAUUGUUGGCAAUCUCAUGGUGCCGUUAGUCGUGCUGCGGGGUAAGGACAUGAGGAACAGCACGAAUAUCUUCCUGGUGAAUCUUAGCGUGGCCGACCUCUGCGUGCUCGUGAUCUGUACGCCUUCCGUCUUAAUUGAAGUUAAUUCGGGUCCACAAGUUUGGCUACUCGGCGAACACAUGUGCAAGGCUGUCCCGUUCGUGGAAUUAACUGUUGCUCACGCUUCGGUUCUCACAAUUUUAGCAAUCAGUUUCGAACGCUAUUACGCUAUCUGCGAGCCUCUGAGGGCGGGAUAUGUGUGCACAAAGGCAAGGGCAACCUUUCUUUGUUUCUUGGCGUGGGUGGCAGCAGCGAUUUGUACAAGUCCUAUAUUGCUUAUGGUAACCUACGAGUUGGAAGAGAACGUCGACGGUACGUACAUUCCCACUUGCACGACGCCGGCCUCGACGACCUGGAUGACGGGCUUCAUCGUAACGACGAUCCUCGUGUUCUUCGUGAUCCCUCUGUUGAUCCUAAUCGUUUUGUACACGGUGAUCGCCAGACACUUGAUGGCGAACCCGGCGAUAAGUCGCGGGCCGGCGAACAAUCUGCUCAAGUAUCGCAAGCAGGUGGUCAUGAUGCUGGCCACGGUGGUGCUGUGUUUCUUCCUGUGCUUGCUGCCGUUUAAGGCCCUCACCCUCUGGAUCAUCAUCGUACCACCCAAAAUGGUCGUUUCACUCGGCGUGGAGGGCUAUUACAGCCUCCUGUAUUUCUGCAGAAUGAUGCUGUAUCUGAACUCGGCGAUCAAUCCCAUCCUCUACAAUUUGAUGUCGACCAAAUUCAGAGAUGGUUUUCUCAAGUUGUGCGGUCUCGGGCCUGCCAAGAGAAAGAAAAAGAAAACGUCGGAGCGUACCGGCACGACCGGCUCGACCAAUUGCAGCAGCAGCCACUCGGACUUCUGGCGAAGACACAGCAGCAACAGGAGUUGCAACGUGAAGGGAUCAGAAAUUCGUUAUUCCGCCGAUGGAAUGAGCGAUAAAGUCCAACGACAGAAGCAAGAUAUUGUUAAAAGUCGGCAUAAAAGUGAAAACAAAAGUGCAAAUUUUGUACAUAAAUCAGUAUUUAAUUAAAUUUUAUCCGGUGCGCCUUGUUAUUGAACGCGGUAUGUAUUAUGGUAGGUAUUUUCUACGAUGCUGGCAUCCGAGAAGAAAUACUUUUUAACGAGAACAUAGGGAUAUAGAUGCGAAGUAGAAUUCCUUUUUAAAGCUAUCGCAUAGUAAUGCAAAAUAGCAGAUCUUAGAAAGAUAUUUAGAAAGUUAAGAAGCUUCUGUGCAAUUGUUAUAGAAAUGCUCACAUAUAAAACGUUAUAAGAAUUUUUGCUCCUUAACGUCAGGUACGCCUUUCUAAUAAAAUAAAUCUGACCUAAAUA